AUGGCUCAUUUGGAUGGCGUUGAUUACCGAACAGCACCUCUUUUUUUCGAUUUACCAACUCACACGCCAGGCCGCAGGACGGGCGCGGCAUCCGGCGAUUUCGCCACGCGGGAAUUAAAUAAAAACCGCCAUUUCGACCCCUCCGCCGGGGAUUUUACCCCCGGCGGGGCCGUGGGGAAGAGCGCGGGCCCUUCUGAGCCCACUUCGCCCCCGCUCAGCUCACGAAAAGCGCGAUUUCGCUCUUUUGUCGAAAACAAAUCGUUUUUGCUUCGCUGCGAGGCCAUGCAAAGGCGCGAGGAGGCGCGAAUGGCGGCCCUCCAACAUCAGGACGAAAGCCCCGAGGACGACCCGCCCCCGGUGGUUUUCGAUGCGAAUCCGCAAACGCCCCAGACCACCAAAGCCGCCCGCCUCCGCGCUGAAUGGAUCGCCCGACGGUUUAAUUCGAAGGAAACGGCGGAUGUUGGUGUUUCGAAAGCGAAAGAUCGCGAGAUCCUCCACCGCCCCGCCGCGGCGUCGGAGAAUCACCCGAAUGCGAGCCCCCCGCAGGCCCCGGCGGCGCGUCUAACGCGGUCCGCCAGGCUUUUCAAGGAAUACACCGCCCGGCGGAUUCUGGAGAAGGAGUCGGAGCGGGCCCGAAAGGCGGCGGAAAGCGAAAACGCGGGGGAUCUUUCGCAUUCCUCGAUCGGCAGCGGUCCCCCGUUGGGGGUUUUAGACCAUCGCACGCCCUGUUUGCCCCAUCGCCGCCUCGCCGAAGGGGAAAUUUCGCGGCCUUCGGACUACGGGUCGCCGCGGAGGAAUCGAGGCGAUUGUUCGCAAAACACCCCCCCGGCGGUGCCGAAUUCGGCCCCCAACGCCCCCGAUGCGGCCUCCGCGGGGGGCGGCGCUCCAACUUUGGGGUUUUUUGAUUCCCCCACGACCAUUUCGGAGGUUUUGGAAUCCCCCCCGGGCAUUUCGGGGCCAGCCGAGCCGCUUUUGACGGUGGCGCGGCGUUUGUUCGUCCGCGAUCCCCCCGCCCUGUCGGAUCAUUCGCCCGAAAGGCCCCCGAAUUCGUCUCGGGCCGCCUCCCAAGGCGAGGCGGCCCUCCAAAAUAGUCCGAAGGGGGUCCUUUCCCCAGGCGAGGCCGCGGAUCUUCGCGAUUUCGACAAAUCGAGCAGCUCCUCCGCCGAGGAAUGGCGGCGAAGUUUGAAGUUGGGCCCGGAGGACAUCUUCUUGGAGCUGUCCGGCGUCCCCGACUUCGGCCGGCCCCCGCCUUUCGCGCCGACGCCGUGGAGUUUUUCGCAGAGAUGGUUUAAUUCGCCGCCGCCAUCGCCCUCGCCGAUGGAGGCGCUUUCCUCGUAA